AUGUAUAGCAGGUUUGCAUUCCCGGGGUUUAUUAAGUCUACCAGUAGAAAGAAAAGUGUAGGGAGAGAAAAUCUUGAUCAAGGGUCUGUAUCCGAUGUGAAGGAUAACCGAUGUGUCAUUGUUCCGGUCAGUGUCACCAUGGUUGCCAAAACUUUGGAGAAAAAAGACAAUAACUGGAUUGCUCAGUCAACUGCUGCAAGUGAUUUGAUAGUACAAGUUGGAGGCUCCAACUUUCAUUUGCACAAGGUUCCAAUGGUCUCAAGAAGUGGAUAUUUGAACAGAAUGGUAUUUGAGAAAAGCAAUGGAGGGAGAGAAACCAACCUGAAGAUACAAAUAGACAACCUUCCGGGAGGGGCCAAAGCUUUCGAGUUGGCAGUCCGAUUCUGUUAUGGCUGGAAGUUUGAUCUUACAUCUUCCAACAUUGCUCCUCUAUACUGCGCUGCUCAUUUCUUGGAAAUGAGCGAUGAUCUAGAACAAGGAAAUCUUAUAUCCAAAUCCGAGGCGUUUCUGAGCUUUUUAAUAUUUACGUCGUGGAAAGACACAUUUCAAAUCCUCAAAAGCUGCGAGGCCAUUUCUCCGUGGGCCAAAGAGCUGCAAAUCCUGAAGAGGUGCUCAGAAUCCAUUUCUUUGAAGGCCUGCACAAACCUUAAGGACUUCAGUUCCGGAGAAGAAGGUGCAAAUUGCUUGCCAGCGAAAUCGAAAGUUGAGGAGGAAGGUGACAAUUGGUGGUUUGAAGAUGUUUCGCUCCUUAGAAUAGAUCACUUCAUUGAAGUGAUCCAAUCCAUGAAAAGUAAAGGGAUGAGACCAAACCUUGUUGGGUCAUGUAUAGCUCAUUGGACCACUAAAUGGCUCUCCAAGAUCACUUUUGAGGUUGACACACCAAAUCCGAAAAACAUGACCCACCAAUUACACAGAGUCACGACCGAAUGUUUGAUUAGAGUACUUCCAACAGAGGAGAACUCAGUCACUUGCAAUUUUCUACUUCACCUUCUUAAGGCAGGCUUGGUGAUGCAAAUCAAUUCUGCAUUAUUGGAAGCGCUAGAACAAAGAAUCACGUGCAUGCUGGAGCAAUGUCGCGUUUCGGAUCUCCUGGUUAAGAAUUAUGGAGAUGAGGACAGUGUCUAUGAUGUAGGCAUUGUUAGCAGGGUGGCGGAAGCUUAUCUUUCUUUAGCUUCAAGCAACCUCAGAUCGAAAAUAUUGGCUGUUGGAAGGUUGGUGGAUGGCUAUCUUACACUAGUUGCAAGAGAUGAGAAACUUAAGGUGAAGAGUUUCCAGUCACUUGCAAAAGUUUUGCCAAAAGAUGCUCGGUAUUGUGAUGACAAUCUUUACAGAGCCACAGACAUGUAUCUCAAGGCACAUCCUAACUUAAUAGAAGAAGAAAGGACAAGCUUAUGCAAAUUCCUGGAGUACCAUAGACUUUCGCAAGAAGUUCGCGAGCACGUGAUGAAGAACAACCGCUUGCCAUUGAAGAUUGCAACAAGGUUUAUCCUUCUUGAGCAAGUUAACAUGACAAGGUCAAAGACAACUGUGGGAUCAAGUCUCCAAAAAACAAAGACUCAUGCAAUUCUUAGGGCAAAUAAUAAAAGCCUAGAGAAGGGAUGGAUAAAAUCCCAAAAGGAAAUAAAGAAGAUGACAAAGGAGGUUGAGACCAUGAAGGUUCAACUCAAUGAUCUGCAAAUGUGUAAGCUUAAGCUUCUGAAACAAUUGAAGAGAUGUAAUGUUUGA